AUGUCCCUCACAAACGGCUCCCCGGCCUCAGCGGCCAAAGCAGCAAAACUCUCCUCCCGCACCCUCGCCAUCCUCAGCACCUCUGACAGAAACUUCGCUUUACAAUCCAUUCACGAUGCUCUCUCUGCAUCCAAAUCAGACAUCUUGGCGGCCAAUGCUAGGGAUUUGGAAAUCGCGACCAAGAGUGCGGAAGACGGAGAAUUGAGUCAGAGUAUUUUGAAGAGGUUGGAUUUGUCGAGGCCGGGUAAAUUUGAGGAUAUGUUGAAGGGGAUUUUGGAUGUGAUGGGGUUGGAUGAUCCUGUUGGAAAGGUGGAUAUGAGGACAGAGUUGGAUGAUGGACUUAUUUUGCAACGGCAAUCAUGUCCUAUUGGUGUUUUGUUGAUCAUCUUCGAGGCUCGUCCUGAGGUUAUUGCAAACAUCGCUUCUUUGGCUAUCAAGUCAGCGAACGCUGCUAUUCUGAAGGGCGGCAAGGAGUCGACAGAAUCAUUCAAGAUCAUCUCCACAGUCAUCUCCAAGGCACUCGAGAGCACGAAGGUUCCCAACGACUCGAUCCAACUUGUGACCACCAGAGAUGCCGUGGAUCCCCUCCUUCAACUCAGCCAGUACAUCGAUCUCGUCAUUCCUCGUGGAUCCAACGAACUCGUCCGCCACUGUCAACGUGAGGCUCACAUGCCCGUUCUUGGUCACGCUGAUGGUUUGUGCCACUACUACAUUCACCCUGAUGCUGAGCCCGAGAUGGCUGCCAGCGUCAUUGUGGACUCAAAGACAGAUUACCCGGCAGCUUGCAACUCUCUCGAAUCGCUACUCGUCAACGAGGACGCUUUGAAGACUAUUCUGCCCGGUGUAGCAUCAGCUCUGCUCGCAAAGGGUGUAUCAUUGCGUUGCGAUCCCGCCUCGAAAGCAGGACUCUCGGAAACGCUGGACAAGCACGAAGCCGCCAUGCUGCAAGAAGCCGGCGAGACCGACUUCGAUACCGAGUUCCUCGAUCUCAUCCUCGCCAUCAAGACCAUUCCUAGAACAGAGAACCCGCUAGAUGCCGUCGACGCCGCUGUCGAGCACAUCAACAUGCACGGCUCUCACCACACAGACGCCAUCCUCACAUCCUCAGAAGAAACCGCCGAUCGCUUCUGCAAUGGCGUCGACAGUGCUUGCAAGUUCUGGAACUGCAGUACUAGAAUGUCAGAUGGUAUGCGCUUUGGCUUUGGCACCGAGGUCGGCAUCAGCACGAACAAGGUUCACGCUAGAGGACCUGUAGGUCUGGAAGGUCUUUGCAUUCACGAGUACAGAAUCAAGGGCUCUGGACAGGGUGCUGCGAUGUACGGUUCUGGUGGCAGACAGUGGAAGCACAAGAAGCUGCCGCUUUAGAGAAGUUACGAGCGCUAGGUAUGUAGUAUAGAGAUUGGCCUCAUGGAAGAAAUGAUGGCGGGCAACAAAAUGUAAAAUGUUUAUGACCUUCUCACAAAAGCAGAAAGUAGUUUGGCGAUCGAAAUGGCUAUCACAGGUCGGCCACCAAGGUAAUCGAGGUUCUUUCCGUAGAGUAAGCGGAAAGGUAUGGAACCCGACAGCAAAGUCCUCGAAAUCGUGACUGGUGACAGAAGUUGCGUUCACUCGAUGAAGCGGCGCUCCCUCCUCAGCUUCCAGAUGAUUCAAAUUUGCUUCACUCGCAGAACGUCGGAGCCUCAAGCUACAAUUGAAGAAG